UUUCCGAGUCAAGCAGAGACUACAUCAGUGCGUGGGAGAGAGCCGGAGACUCACUUCACAAACGGGUACCUCGUUCUGCUCACCCUCGGUUCCCACCGCCCUCGUCUGCCUCUGUCUCUCACCGCUGUCAACGAGGCCCGCCUUAGAAAUCCAAAAUGGAGGCCAUCAAGAAGAAGAUGCAGAUGCUGAAGCUGGACAAGGAGAACGCCCUGGACAGAGCAGAGCAGGCUGAGGCGGACAAAAAAGCAGCAGAGGAGAGGAGCAAGCAGCUAGAGGAUGAGUUGGCCGCCAUGCAGAAGAGGCUGAAGGGGACAGAGGAUGAACUGGACAAGUACUCAGAGGCUCUCAAAGAUGCGCAGGAGAAGCUGGAACUGGCUGAGAAGAAAGCGGCUGACGCUGAGGCGGAGGUGGCCUCCUUGAACAGGCGCAUCCAGCUGGUUGAGGAAGAGUUGGACCGUGCCCAGGAGCGACUCGCAACAGCCCUGCAGAAACUGGAAGAGGCCGAGAAGGCUGCAGAUGAGAGUGAAAGAGGAAUGAAGGUGAUUGAGAACAGGGCCCUGAAGGAUGAGGAGAAGAUGGAGCUGCAAGAGAUCCAGCUGAAAGAAGCCAAGCACAUUGCAGAGGAGGCAGACCGCAAGUAUGAAGAGGUUGCCCGUAAGCUGGUGAUCAUUGAGAGCGACCUUGAGCGCACAGAGGAACGCGCUGAGGUGACUGAGUGCAAGUGUGCAGAGUUGGAAGAGGAACUUAAAAAUGUGACAAACAAUCUCAAGUCACUGGAAGCCCAGGCUGAGAAGUACUCCCAAAAGGAAGACAAAUAUGAAGAGGAGAUCAAGCUGCUGACUGACAAGCUGAAGGAGGCUGAGACCCGUGCGGAGUUUGCAGAGCGCAGCGUAGCAAAGCUGGAGAAGACCAUCGACGAUUUGGAAGAUAAGCUGUGCCAGACCAAAGAGGAGAACAUGAACAUGCACCAGAUGUUGGACCAGACUCUGCAGGAGCUUGACCAUUUAUGAAGCGUCGCCCUUCGUUUGGUCGUCGCGUCUGGCUUGCCCUGACUCCCCACCCUGUACCUCAAACGCCAAUGCCCCCCUCACCUCCUACUCUCGCUUUCCCCGCUCUCUAACCCCCCCCCCACCCCUGUGUCAAAGGUCACCUGCGUUGCCAGGCAGAUCAGUGGGAGCUGGCUGCAGAGCUUAGCAGGUCACCGGCCGCUGGAUCUGUUUCGACAGCGCGGUCAUUUCUUCCCUUGGUUGUCGUUAAUCUUCCACCCUCGUCUCAAACCUUCUUAGGGGAGUGUGUCGACCCUGCCCUCCCACUCCACAUUCCCAGCAGGGGAAUGGGGAGGCUGGGUGGUGCUUUCGGGAAAAUCCCAGGGAUGCAGGUGGAAGGAAGGCAGACGAGAUUUGACAGGGUACAGUUUUGUGAAGAAUUCCAGUCAGUCCAUUCUCGCCGUAGCUCGCUGAGUGGACUCUGCGGCGCUCCCCCCCCCCCCCC